GCAAAGCCAAUGGUCCAUUUUGUUUUUGUUUUUGUUUUUUCUUGCGUAUAGUACUAGAGCUCUCAUUUCCAUUUUUUCUCCUCUUCUUGUCAAAAUUCAUGUAUGAGAUGAAGUUGGAUCUUUUGCCACAAGAUUGCAUAGGUUACAUUCUAUCAUUUGCGUCUGCUCGUGAUAUCUGUCGGAUGUCCCUUGUCUCCCCAGCUAUGCGAGUGGCUUCUGAAUCUGACAUUCUAUGGGAGAAAUUUCUUCCUUUAGAUUAUGAGGAGGUUCUCUCAAGAUUAGUCUCUCCAAUUGUGUUCAAAUCCAAAAAAGAGCUAUUUCUUAAGCUGUGUAAUCCAGUUCUGAUUGAUAAGGGUGAAAAGAUGCUGUGGUUAGAUAAACUAACAGGCAAAAAAAGUUGCAUGUUAAGUGCAAGAGAGCUUUCAAUUACAUGGGCUGAUCAUCCUCUCUACUGGUCUUGGAAACCCCUUCUUCAAUCUAGAUUUGCUGAAGUUGUUGAGCUCAUAUCCAUUUGGUGGCUAGAAAUCAAUGCCAAAAUCAACACUCGAAUGCUAUCACCAAACACAUCUUACAAAGCCUACCUCAUCGUAAAAUUUGCUAAUCGUGCUUAUGGGUUAGACUCCCUCCACUCGAAGGUAUCCGUUGAAGUCAGUAACUACCGAACGAACAGAACAAUUUACCUUCGCCACCCUGAUCGUAAAAUACAAUUGUCCGAGCGUCUUUACACAUUGUCAAGUGUUUACACAGGCAAUGAGGAUACGGUUCCGUGCAAACGAGAAGAUGGAUGGCUAGAGAUUGAAUUGGGUGAAUUUUACAAUGAUGGAAGUGAGGACGAAGUGAAAAUGAGCCUAAAGGAGGUAAGUGGUGCACAUUUGAAAGGUGGACUCAUUGUUGGGGGAAUUGAGAUUAGACCCAAGAAGGAAUAAUGUAUUAACUUAUAAUAUUGGUUCUUCUUUGCUUUGCAUCAUUUGUAACUUCAUUAUGAAAUGUAAUGUCUUAUGGGUAAAGGAACUAACCUUAGUUCUGUAUAA